ACACACACACACACACACACACACAUACACACACAAAAUCUUGCUGAACCCUCCUUACUGUUGCUCUUAUGUACGCCAUUUCAGGGCUGACCACCUGGUAUUGGAUAACCAAUUAAAGGGUCCCUCUUUUGGAACAAACUACUCUGGCUGUCAACAUCCCCUUGUUGCCUGUAGUUCUUUGUCUCAGGAUGGGGCCCUGCGAAAAGUUUCUCUCCCACACUGUCCUGUCUUGGUAGUGUUCUUGUCAGGUCUUGGAACCCCUUACAUGUUGGCCCCAAGAGCUGAGGAAAGGCAGAUUUUUGGAUCAAGAGUUGAGUGUCUGGAGACCAUUUACCUGUAGGCAGCAGGAGCUGAGAGGAAGGUAAACUUUUGGGUUGACUGCUUAGUGUCUAGGAUCCCUUACCUGUCAGUGCCAGGAACUAAGCAAGGCAGAGGUUAAGGACAAGUACAUAGGGUCUGAGGACUUCACCUUACCUUUGUGUUAGUAGUUGGGAAAGGGAAGAAUGGUGUAUAGUGUUAGUAUGUAACUCUGCAAGUGUGUAUAUGAAUGUAUCCUAGUGUGUGAUUUUUAUGUGAGCAUAUGUGUUUGUAUGAGUUAUUGUGUGUAGAUUUUUGUGUGUGAGUUUGAAAUGACAUGUAAACAUGAGUGUGUCCAUUUGAGUGUGUAUAGUGUGAAUACAGGCAUAUAUGAAGAAUACUUAAUGUACUGCAUGUAUUGUAUAUUUUGUUUGUAAAGCUGUGAUUGUGCAAUUUUAAGAGCCAUUUGAGUGCAAAUGUGUGCGUGUUGUUUGUGCACAAAAGUGCACUAAUGUAUGACAUGUGAGGGUGUAUAUGUGCAUGAUUUGGGUAGAUAAGUGCAAGAGUGGAAAGCAUGAUUUGGAUAGAUAAGUGCAAGAGUGGAAUUGUGAGUAUGCAAAGUGAGAAUGUGUUGUCAGUGUGAGCAUGUUUGAGGAUGCAGAUGUGUGCAUGAGCAAUUGUGAGUGAAAGUGCAACUGUGUUUAGUUGUGUGUGAGAAUGUGAUUUUGUGUAGCUGUGUGAUUAUUUAAAGUUUUGUCCAUGUGCAAAGGUGUGGGUUUUCAUUAGUGUGAAAGAAUGGGUUUUCUGUACUCGUGAAAUUUAAGGAAGAUGGAUGGAGCAGUAUAUCCUCAUGUUAAGUAAACUAAACCAGGUUCAGUAAAAGACAUUGUCUUACAAGUAGAGUCUAGAAAUGAAAUCCAAUGCAUAUUGAAGGUGGAGAAUUGGGAAAGAAUGAGACAGUGGGCAUAUGAGAUGGUAAUGGGAAUGGAUAUGAUCAACUGUAUUUUAUACACACAAAAAUAUUACAAUGGAAUCCAUUUCAUAAAAAUAAUGUGCUGCCGGAUGGUGGUGCCUCAUGCCUUAAUCCCAGCACUUCGGAGGCAGAGGCAGCUGGAUCUCUGUGAGUUUGAGACCAGCCUGGUCUACAGAGUGAGUUUCAGGACAGACUCCAAAGCCACAGAGAAACCCUGUCUCAAAAAAAUAUUUAUAUAAAUAUAAAUAAAUGAAUGAAUAAUGUGCUACUGUGAGGGUAGAACUCUAAGCAUGGAUAUAUUUGUUUUUUAGAAGGAAGUUUUCUGAGCAUUAGGCUUUUAUGGUAAGGGAGGUAUCAGAAAUACUGUUUUGUUAUUUAUAUAAAGUCUAUACUACUUAACAUAGUAAAUGGUAAGUAAUGUGAGCAUUGAUGUUUUAAAAUAAUGAACACUCACUGCCAUAUUUUAAACAUUUGGUGUAAAUUUCUCAUUUUCUUGGUUUUAUUUUUGAGUUUACUCACUUGAAAAUAUUUUCAACCUGUCCAGGAAUGUACGUCAAAUCCUGUGUUCCCAAAUUACACAUUGGUGUUAUGAUUAUCCAGUGUAAAAUGCUAAUGUAUUUUCAUUAUUGUUUCUUGGAGAAAAACAGUAUGUAAUAGAGAGUUUAAGAGAUCAAAAUGAACAAGAGCAUGUGAACACUGAUACCCCUAGGACAAUGUUCAGCAUCCCUCACACACAUGGAUUAUAACAUUGCAUGGAACUGAGUGGAAUUCCUGUCAUCAGAAGUAGCCCGGAGGAAGGGUACCGAUGUACCGAUGAACUGAGCUGAAAGCAGGACCAGAGCACGUGUUAAUUGGAUACCUGCAGCACUGUGGUUGUAAGGGUGGGGUAAACUUCAGAAGCUCUGAACUCACGUGGCUCUCCAGCAAUUAACUGAGAUAGUGUUGGAAAAGGAGACAGGGAUUUGAGGGUUCUAGUUCUUGGGCAUCUGUGUGUUUGCAGAAUUUGAAAAUGGGGGUAUCAAAGCAUACUUUGCAACAUGUCACAAGACUGAGCUACUGUCAAAGCUGGCUAACAUGACAAAUCCCUUAGCCAUGUGCUUUGUAAAAGGAUUCUCAUUUUGUUUGAGGGUUGAGAAGCUGAUAGUGCUGCUGGAGGGGAUGUGGUUGUUCAAGGUGGACAGGAAGUUGGGGGAAGAAGAGGAAGAGAAGGAACAGACAGCUGUUUUAGGAGGGAGGAAAGGAAGGAUGUCAGGAGCCUGAGCUAGGUAGUGUUUGGGAUCCAGAAAGCCACUGAAUACAGCAUUAUUACAGUGAGAAAAGAUGGGCUGGGACAAGAAAAUGGUUAACUAAAAUGACAAAAAAAUAUAUUGCUUUCCAAAACGAAUCUUGGAAUUAUUGCAGAUUUUAUGAGAAACUAGAAUAAAACUAGGGAUAACAAAGAUGAAGUCAGGGCAAAAGACUAGGAAGCUUGCAUUAGUGGAUAUUUUGCAUGGGAUGUGCAUUAGUUUUUCUUCAAAGUUUGUACUCACACAUCUCUGAAACCAUGAGAACAGACUGUUAGUUCCAUUGUUGAAUUUUCAUACAGACCUGCAGGGACCAUACUGGAUUUGGAAAAGAAUAGAAAUUGGGAGGCUGUUUGCUGGGUGGUGGUGUCGCACACCUUUAAUCCCAGCACUUGGGAGGCAGAGGCAGGUGGAUCUCUGUGAGUUCGAGGCCAGCCUGGUCUACAGAGAAUGAGUUCCAGGACAGCCAGGACUGUUGCACACAGAAACCGUGUCUAAAAAAAAAGUUUUGUCUUCGGAGAGAUUUUCUUGAAGAGCGGACCUUUGGCAUUCUUAGUCUCCCUCCCUUUUCAACAGCUAUAUACAAGGACUGCUUUUCCAUGACUGCAAGUCAGCCUUGGCAAAUGACCAACAGUCAUCCAGCACUCUGAUAAAGACAUUUUAAAAGAUUUGUUAUUUUUAAUUAUGUGUGUGAAGGAAUGGGCACGGGUGACUGUAGGUGCCUACAGUCCAGGAGAAGGCGUUGGAUUCUCCGGAGCUCCAGGAGGUUUGUGAGUCACCUGUGGUGGGCGCUGAAAACCAAGCUAGGCCCAUCUGCAAAAGCAGUGCACACUCCUAAAACUGAGCCAUUCCUCCAGCUUCGUUUUCUUUUUGAAGCAAUGCAGGUCUGCUCUGCAGUUUGACAGGCUAACUCUGCACAUGCGCAGUGAUCUUCAUUGACUUAAGACGCACGCACACGUGCAUAGUUAGCAUUCUGCACACUCUUGCAUACUUGAGUCCACCAGCAUGGCUUGACAGCAGCCGUCUUGUCAACUGUCUCUUCAGUUGGUAGACAGUAAACCAGGGACUGACUUGAGAGGAAGCUCGGAAGACUUGGCUAGUCUAGGACAAAUGAUAAUAUUUGGAUCGGGCGGGGUGGGCUUAUAAUUUGAUACGAGAUGGAGAGGGUCAGCUUGUUAUAACGUUAGUUGAUACUGGGGCGGGUAACGGUUGGCUUGCUAUAACGGUGCCUGAGAUGGGAGGAAAGUACAGCCUAGAGAGAUGGAGGUGGCCAGGGUGUUCCGGAGGCUUCUCUGUGCUCUGUGGCAAACAGAAAAAGAGUCUUGUAGAGACACCCUUGGGUUUCUGCGAUAUCGAGGCACAGGGAAACAACCUGUCCUUUGGUACUCAGAAUCCUUCGUAUUUAGAUAUGGCAUACUUUCCUGACAAUGAUCUGCACAUGGCAGCCUGUGCGGGAGAUUUACCUUUUGUGCGGCUGUACUUCACUCUGGGGAAGUACGACGUCAAUCACAGAGACAAGGAUAAUAGGAAUGCCCUGCACUUUGCCUGUUUCUAUGGACAUCUAGACAUGGUGAAUUACCUCUGGAGGCGUGGCUGUCAGAUUAAUGUGUGUGACAAACAUAACAUCACACCCCUGAUGAAGGCCGUCCAAAGCUGGGAAGAGGAAAUUGUGUGCUAUCUGCUAGAGCGUCAUGCUAACCUGCACAUUAGAGACAGCAGUGGUAACACUGCUUUCCACUAUGCAGUGUAUGGUGGGAAGCCAGCAAUGGCUGCCAGGCUUCUACAGUAUGGAGCAAACAUUGAGGAAAGAACAAAAGAUAACCUCACACCACUACUGCUUGCUCUCAGGGAAAACAGACUGCACAUGGCACAAUUUUUAAUAAAGAUGGAAGCAAGCGUACAUGCAGUUGAUUCUCACAGAAGAAAUUCUCUCAUGUAUGCUGUAAGAUGUGAUUCAUCAGUUAUGGUCAACCUUCUUCUUCAACAAGGUGUUGACAUGAAUUUUAAAGAUUUGUUUGGAUGGACUGCUUUACGAUAUGCUAUUGAAGGUGAUCGGGAGGUGAGGACAGUACUUUUGGAUUAUGAGUAUACCCUAAUACAAAGCUUAAGACAGAACAACUCAGGUAAGACAUCUUUUGGUAGUUGUAUUCCAGAAGAAAAAUGUCAAGUCUCCAGGCCAUGGGAUACCUGCCGAGGAAAGCUGCAGACUGGGUGUGGAACCAGCCCUAGAGAUAAGUGUGUUGUAGUCAACAAAGCUGAAAGGAGUUGGCGACUUGAAGAGCUUUUGAACAGAGACACAGAAUUUAGGGUUUGCCCAGCUGGUUUUCGGUCUUGCUUUGGGCCCAUAUUUUCUCACUAUGUCCCAUUUCCUCUCUUUUGGAAAGCCCCUCAGAGCUCUGAAAACUACUCUUCAAUCAGGCCUACCAACAAAGCUGAUGCUGGAACGACCUCAUCUACAGCCACUGAGAAUAUGAUUGAAAUGCAAGACCCGCUUACAACCAAUGAAGCAGGAGUGAAGAAGACAGAAACAUGCCAACCAGCAGAACCUGGAGCAGAAAUGAUCUCACUGAAAAAGGAAAUCAGUUGCAAUGAGACUAUAAAGAACUCACAGCAGGACUUGACUAUACACUCUGUGUAACUCUUCAAGCCAUCUCACUUCAGACUCUUCUGUUCAACCACUGGACAAAUGUUAACUCGAAUUUUGUAGUAGCUAUAUUUUAAGUAAAAUGGACGGUAAUAUUGACAGAAAUUUCAAAACAAGACAAUGUAAAGAGCAUUCAGCUAUCUACUACAUGUAUCCUAACUGAUCAAUAAUUCAGAAUGAAUUAAACAGAUUACAAAAAAUUCUGGUGGCUGGAAGAAGUUAAAUAAUGCAAACAUUUUGUCAUGAUGGUAGCAUAGAAUGCUUGUUUUAAAAGUAUUCACAUCUAUAAUCUGGUUAAUACAGCCUUGGGCAAAAUGGGACAGUAAGCAUAUUAAGUACCCUGCUAAAAACCAUUAAUAAAUUGUUUUUCAAUUGCAUGACACUAUCAAAAUUUGCAAAAGUAUCGGUUGUGUCAUAACAUUUCUGACAAUUCUGUGACUUAGAUUUCUAUUGCUGUGUCAAAACACCAUGGCAAAAGCAACUCUAUGAGGAAAUGUGGUAUUUUAGCUUAGAGUUGUGCUGUAGUUCAUCACGGAGGAAAUUCAAGGCAGGAUCCCAAAGCAGGAACCUGGAGGCAGGAACUGAAGCAGAGGCCAGAGAGGAGCCCUGCUUACUGUUUUCCCCUCCAUGGCUUGCUCAGCCUGAUUUUACUAUACUAUCCAGGACCAUCUGCCCAGGAGUGGCACCACUCACAGUGGGCUGGGCCCACUUACAUCAAUCAACAAUCAAGAAAACAACCCAUGAACUCUGAUGGAAGGAAUUCCUUGGUAGGCAUUCUCUUCCCAGAUGACCCUAGCCUGUUUCAAGUUGAAGAAAUGCUAACCAGAACAGAGUUUCUUCCCAUUAUUGUUAUUCUGCGUAAGGUUCAUUGUUAAUGAAGCUGUUAAAAUGGAUCUGCAUGGACUCUUUUCUUGUAUUCUCUAUAGGUCACUAGACUUUUAAUUUUCAAAGUCUCUUUUAUGUGCUUUUUAAAAAUUGUGAAUAUGCAGUGUUUUCUAGACACCUAAAAUUCAACUUUUCCCUCACAGUGUUUAUUGAUAAAAUAGCAAUUUCUAUAGGGAGCCAUCUUCCACUUCUUUAGCUUUUGGAUAGUUCUUCAAAUGAUGUACAGCCAUUAAGUUUAAGUAGCCCCUGACUCUUCAGUCCCUGUUUUGUCUUUGUGGUACACUCACAAGUUUGAAAAUAUUAUCAAAAGGGAAUAGAAUAAAUCUUAUCAAGUGUUGACUAUGCUGUAGAACAAUCAAGGCAGAAAUAGCUAUGAACAUAGGGAUGCUCAAUGGUGAACGAAACACAAGGGAAAACUAAAGCAGUGCCACAAAUAGUUCAUCCUUUUCAGAAAGAUGUGCAUUCUGUUGUGAUUAACAGAGCCCAGGACAAUUGUGUGUGCAAAUAGAUGCUGUCACUGUAAAUUGAAGCCCAUAGUUAUGACUACUCCUGAAAAUAUGAUGUUGGAAACUGGAAACAGUUCAAAGAGAAGAGACAAAUUUUUGAUUAGAAAAUGUCUACUUUAAAGAAGCCUUGGGGAAUGUGUGUCUUAGGGACAAUGCUAAGGUGAAGGAAAUAUUUUAAAGAACUCUUUCAAUGUUAGUGUUGUCUAGUGGCAGAGAUUAAUUCUGGACCUGGUCAGAGUACUGGCUGUGGAUUUACAGAGUGGUCCUUGUACUUCCUUAGUCCCCCAGCCUUAGUUUUUAUAAAAUAAAAAACCCCACAUAAAUCAUGGAAUGCUUAUAUAGAUUAAAAUAAUAAAAAACUCAAAUUA